CCGACUUCCGUUAAACAAAUAUUCCACAGCAAGCUCCCAGUAACCGGAUGUUCAAGUCUACCGUGGGACUCACUUCAACACUCGUGGUGCUUCGUUAGGUGAUCGUGUGUCGGGUUAUAACUGUGAUACACUUAUUUUGAGUUUGAACGACCUUGACCUUCAUAUCCCACAAUGGGCAUGUCUUGUGGAGCAAAGUUCGGGAAGGUUUUCCUGAUCAUUAUUAACACGAUACUUUUCCUGCUUGGAAUGUUUAUGUUGAUUGUGGGAGUAUUGAAGAAACUUAAUGUAAAGGUCAUGGAGUUAGAAACAAACUCAGCGACCUCCAAGCUGAAUGAACACGGAGUCCUGUCAGACAAUAUCGCGAUCACCCUCAUAGUUAUCGGCACGUUCAUUGCCCUCGUCGCUGGAGUGGGUCAAUAUGGCGCUUGCUCAGAAAACAGAUGUAUGCUCAUCACGUACGCCAUUUUCGUUCUAUUGUUGUUCCUCAUUAAAUUAACUGCCAUAACCUUGUGGAUCGCAUUGAGGGAAGAGGUGGAAGAAUUCAUGAAAAUGGCGAUGCUGAACUCUCUGAAAGCCAAUUAUAUAAACGACACUCUAAGCAGUGAUAAUGAAAUAUCGAACAUGUGGAAUACAAUGUUUGUGACUUCAGAUUGUUGUGGUGUAAAUCCGGUCACAGGGAAUCACACGGACUUCAAGAUAACCCCUUGGUGCAAAGAAACGAUUAAAUGCAAUCUUCCCAGGACAUGCUGUGAGGAUGUGGAUGCUGACAACUAUACUCUAGCUUCUGUAAACUGCACCUCGUCCAUGAGUGGUUACAAAACAAUGGGAUGUUUUGAUGCUUUUAAAGAUGGUAUAAACUCUAACUCCACUCUGAUUAUUGCUGUUGGGAUCCCGAUUCUUACCAUUGAGUUCCUUGCUGUGAUAUUUGCUUUCCUACUCUGCAACCAGAGUGAGUAGGGCAGGACGAGGUGGUAUAAGGAAGAUAGUUUAUUGACGUAAGGGAAAUAACUCCGGCAGGCUAUGUGAUGCUAAAAAGAGACUAUAAAUGAAAACUAUCGUGUAUCAGGAUGGAAGCUAGUAGAUAUUGGAAUUACGUUUAGAAAACAUUACACAAAGUACAAUUCAUAGAGGUUUCAUCAUUGAAGAUCUGAAAACUAUUUACGGGACCAUGCAUGCGUUAUGUAAUUAUUUUAUAGAUGACAUUUGUAUGAUUUACAGUAUCGAUAUUACAUCACAUGUGAAAUGUUUAUAAUAUGUAUACUUCUUCUUCCUGUCGUUCGCCUCUACACUUGGAUUUCUGCUUCCUCUACGAAUCUGGUGGUCUUCUGUAAGUCCUCCACUGUUCCAAAUAGCUUUUCCUGGAUGGUUGUUGGUAAUGGCCAUAUCCUUUGUCUCAAUGCCUGAUGGUUCUUGCAUGUCUGUAGAAUAUGUGUUGUAUCUUGUUCUGCCUCACCACAGGGACACAUUGGGGAUGGUACCACUUUCAUCACUCUGUUCAGAUGUUUGUUUAGUCUAUUGUGUCCUGUCCUCAGUCUGAAUAUGACGGUUUGUUCAGGUCUCGACAGAUGGUGGUAACUGCCUUGAUGGAUGAUUUUCUGUACAGAGAUUUGAUUAUGGUUUUCAUCUCUGCACGGCAGACUGGGUUUUCCUCCUGUUGUUGUUCAGCACCUUGUUUUGCGAGAAUGUCAGCUUGUUGAUUACCAUAGACUCCACAGUGCGAAAGGAUCCAUUGUAGAACUGUUAUGCGACUUUGAAUGUUAAAUAGCGCCUGUUCUAGUAAUGGUAGAUUGUUGUUUGUCAAGCCCUGUAAUACAGACAGAGCAUCUGUAAGGAAAAGAACUGGAGUUGUGAUAUUGACUUUGUCUGUGAUGGUAUGUGCAGCAUGUCUGAUGGCUUUUUCUUCAGCUUUGUAGUUGGAACAAUGCAAGCCUGUUGGUAUUGCUUCAGAUUGUCGCUCUCCAUUUGGAUAUUGGAUGUAUAUACCAGCCCCUCCGUUUUUUAUUGCAUUUGUGGCUGAUCCGUCCGUGAAUACUCUUAUCCAAAAUUCAGAGGGGUACUGUUCUUCUAAAAUGGUCAUAGUGUGAGUUUUCUUUACAAUAUCAGAUUGUUCAUCUUUGGAUGUGAUGUUUGGUACUGAUGUCUGAAUUCUGACAUUUCUCAGUUUAUCUUCAGUAGGGUAGUCAUUUACAGAAAAGGCUAUAGGUUUGACUUGCUUUGGUAGCGUGUAAUAUGUAUACAAUAUGCAUGUACUACAUACUUCAACGUGUAAAUCGCAUCAAAAUGGGGUCAAGAAAACUUGAAAUAUUUUUGUUUGCAUUUGGUUUAAGAAUUGAACAUUGAAUUCUGAAAGAAAGUUUAUAUUUAUUGCCAAAUCAGUUUAGGGCUUUAACGCCUGAGCUAUUGAGUACAACUGCGCAGGGUGCUACAAUUAAGUAUUUAGUGGUUCAAUACUGCUCCCGUUGGUGCAAAGAUAUCACACAUCUAUUAUUGAACUCUAUCCAGUUGAAAAUGUUUGUGUCAAUUCAAAUUUUGAAUGGGUUUGGUAGGGACUAUAUUUUGUGCCAGAAGGACCGAUUAAUCAAAGCGUUCUAAAUAUGUAUGAUAUUACAGUUUCUGUUUCAUCCAAUAUAUCUUUUAUUUUUAUACUCCUACACGUGUAUUUCAGUUUUGUAAUUUAUGAUACCAGUAGUAGAGACUUGGAACUAGUUCAAAUGUUCUAAUUUAUUUAUUUGGUUGAUAUAUUUUUUCCAAACAGAACACAAAUUUCUUAUAAAGUUUGAAUUAAUUUACAUGUACUUGAAAUUUUGUGUGAAAAUUCAGUAUUUUCGCCAAGGAUUAAAAAUUUUGAUCUCUACCCCUCACUAUUUUAGUUCCAUUUUAAAUUUUAAGACAAGAUCUUGAAAAUGGUAUGAAAUUCUAGAAAUUGACAGUACUCCUACUAUGUCCUUUUAAACAUAUCAAGUGUAAAAAGAUCAUAAUUUAUUUCCAUUACUAGUUUAAUUGAAUAAACAUUGAGACCGUUUUAAGUGCAAAAGGUCAUAUAUAGAACACUGUAGCUCAAUAACAAGCAUUGCAACCUCUGUUUUUCUAUUUAAUUUCCUAAUUCUCCUUCAGUGUAGAAAUAAAAAAAACACUUCCUAAAAAAUUGACAUAACUCCAAAUCUCAGUUGGAACCUCAUUUAAGGUAUUCCAUGUAUAAUGAAAGGAUAAUAAACAAUUUUGAAGGAUUUAGAUCAACAUAAAUGUUUAUUGUUAAAUAACGAUGAAAGUGAAACAGAUUAAAUUCACGUGACUGGUAAAUGAUUAGAAGCUAACCCUUUUGCACUUAAAACUAUUUGGAAGAGUUGUCUUCCCUUUGUAAAAAUAAGAAAAAUCUAAUUUUCUAAAAAUGUGUGUGGUCAAUAAUUAAUUUUAUUUUAUAUUUUCAUUAAGAGAAAGUGUUUGUAACUUUCUACCAAGAGAUUUGUAUGAAAAUAUAAUUUCUUUUUAAAAUUUUGUAAUAAAACAUGCUUUUUCCCAUAUAUUUCAAUGUUAAAUUCUAGGUGAAAUAAAUCAAGCAGUAAAAAAAAAAUUGAAAGUUCC